GUGUUGGCCGUGAGCGGGAAUCGAACUCGGGUCGCCGGGUUCGUGGUGCAGCGUAGCGCUAACCGCUUGCACCACCGCUCCCACACAGAGACACACACUGACACAUAGACGAAUACAGAUUGAGACAGGGAAACUGUAAGACAAAUGAAGAAAGAGACAGGCGGAUGGAGGCAGAGGUGGGUGGACACACACCCCAGAGACAGACACACAGAUGGACACAGAUUUACACACCCCAGAGACACAGACAAAGAUACACAGACACAAACUAAGACAGACACACACGGAUGGAAACAGAAUGACAUACACCCAGAGAAUCAGACGGAUACAGAUACACACAAAUGUCCAGAUUGACAGACAGACGGAUACAGACACACGGAUAGCCACAGAUUGGCACACAGAAACAGACGGAUACAAACAUACACACGGAUAGCCACAGAUUGUCACACAGACGGAUACAGAAAGACACCCAAAUUGACAUCACCCCACCGGUCGUGACGUCACGCCGUCGUUGCUUCCUCCCACUUUUCCUCCCCCCACGUCACUCGCACGCGACGGAAGGAAGUCGCGGAGGGCGAAGAGCGACUGUGAGAGAGCCCGUGGGUGAGAGACUUGCCAAGACGGGAACGAUGAACGAGGGAGGAGAGAUUAAGAUCUACUGCCCGAUCUGCAACUGGGUGGUGAUCAGCCUGACCGCCCUGGAGGACCACAUGAAGCGGCACAGGGGCCGGACCGAGUCCGUGCUGUACCAGUGCCCCCACUGCCCGUACAGCACGGACAAAGCGGCCACUCUGAUCGGUCACCAGAGGAGCCACGCCGACGAGAAGCCCUACAAGUGCUGGGUGUGCGAUGAAGUUUUCGCGAAUUCGGGAGACUUCUGCUCCCAUCAGAGCGUGCACAUGAAGCGGACGCGACGCAGGAAGUCGAUCGUCCCACUGCCAGGAGACGUCUCAUCGGAAGAGAGGAUCCGCGCGGACGAGAGGCCGUAUGUUUGCACCGUGUGCGGCAAGGCGUUCGUACGCUCGGACACCCUCGUCAUCCACACUCGGGUCCACACGGGCGAGAAGCCGUACAAGUGCGCCACGUGCGGCAAGUCAUUCAACCAGUCGACGGCGCUCCUCAACCACAAGAGGACCCACACGGGCGAGAAGCCCUACGGGUGCGCGGUGUGCGGGAAGCGAUUCGCCCAGUCGAGGGUUCUUGUCAAACAUGAGAGGACCCACACGGGCGAGAAGCCCUACAAGUGUGCCACGUGCGGCAAGUCAUUCGCCCAGUCGGGCACCCUGGGCAUCCACAAGCGUACCCACACGGGCGAGAGACCGUACACGUGCGACGUGUGCGGCAGGUCGUUCACGCACUUGGGCAACCUCAAAGUACACAAGAAGACGCAUGCGGGCGAGAGGCCCUUCACGUGUCCCACGCGCGGGAAGGCCUCCGCCGAGGCAAGGAGCCUCCGGGCGUGCCGGCAGGCCCGCGCGGGCUCAAGCGCGUCGACGCCGCCGGCCCGUCCCCCCCUCCUCCGCCGCCGCACCCGUGGGAGGGCCAGGCUCCACGAGAGCGUGACUGCCCCUGGGGAGGUCGUGGCGAGCCUCGGGGGCGAGGGUCCCACAUCGACCCCUUCGGCGACCCCUUCGGCGACCCCCACGGCAUCGCUGACAUCAGAACACGGAAAGACCCUCAGCUUCGAGACGUGGCCGGGGGUGAAGGUGGAAUGCGACAGUGAAGAUCCUUCCACCACCCUGCCGAUCGUGAAACGGGAGCGCGGAGGGAUCGCCAGCUCCGAGACGUGGCCAGAGGUGAAGGUAGAACUGGGGGGGGAUGAUUUAUCAGUUCCCCUCUCGAUUGUGAAGCAGGAACAGGAAGAAAGCCCCGGCUGUCAGACACGGUUGGGGUUAAGGUGGCAAACGGGAGGCCAAGUCUCUGCUUUGGGAACAGAUGUUGAGGUCUAUGUGGGAAGAGUCAAGGAGGAGGCUCCAGCAAGCAUGUCGAGUGAGAGUUAGUCCUCGACUGGGACCUUUGUUAAUUUGGUGGCGUGGGUGAAGGAUGAUGUGUCCGACACAGAGGGCGCAGGUCUCGUGAAGCGGAGAUUAAACACUCGAGAAGCUGAUCGAGAGAGAUACAUUUUGAAAAAAAUGCCUUGCGUUUCAUCGGCCGUUCGAAAGCUCGAGCGCGUUUGCACGACUGUGAAGGUACACAACGUGGAGGCAAUAUUUUUUGUUCUGAGAACAGAUACACGUGAAGUGAAAACUACGUAGUAGACUCUUUGUUUUAUUUUACCAGGUAAGGCCCACCACUUAGCCACGUAGCUCUUUUUCAGAAGCGACCUGGCCAUCACAAAUGAUACCUCAGCGAAGCGGCCUAUCAUCACGUGGACACUUAUAGCAGCAGCCACAUGCUCUCUAAAUAUCAAAACGUAACUUGAGAAUAAGAAGCGCGGAUCCUUUGGCGAUACAGACGGGGAACAAAGGUUAAUAGGACCCUCGGAAUAUCCUUGGUAACAAUUACUGCAUGCCACGAAUCUUUGUUAAGCAGAAACCGAAUAGUAAUUACGGGUGUAUUAGACCUAGGAUCAUUCAGAAGAUAUACAAUAUGAAUUAUGUCAAUCUUCAACGACCAAGAUGGUAUGCAUUUCAGGGGAUCAGAGCCCGACCAAUCGCCUUUGUCUUCCCAGUAGCUAGCAUAGCACGUGGUAGCAGGAAAUUAUGUUAUGCGGGGGGUGCCUCCCUCUGAUGUAUCAAACACCAUGCAUAAGUUCCAAUCGUGACAGGGAGUGCAGCAAACGCUGCUCAAAAUGUGAACGGAUAACAUGGCGGUGGUGACGCACAGUUCAAAGGCCACAGCUGCUGCUUUGUGAUAGCAAAAUAAAAAGGUGCCCCGACCAAUGACGAGCCAAGGAGCGGAAUCAAAGGAAUUCUGGUGCUUUGUGAGAAGACGGAGCCAGAGGCGAAAAAUUUAGGAUAUAAGCGAAACGCUAAACCACAGAAAUACUCUGAUAUUGCGCUGUUUUUGAGUUGUACGCCUUAUGGUGUCAUCUGGUCCAACACCAGUGGAGACUAGGCUCCAAGAAAAGACAUCUCGGGUGUUGACCAAUCAAAUUCAAGGACAGUGCAUAUCAUCAGAGUUGUUUCUUUUUGUUUGCAUUUUUGACUGCUUGUGUUGUGGUUAUUGCAAACAUGAUCCCUUGUAUAAAGGUGUCAGUU